UCCUAAAGCCUAGGUGUGGGCCUGAGGUCUCGGGUGGUCGCCGGGAGCCGCUAGCAGGUGGCGGGAGAGGGGCGGAGCGUCCUAGCUGUCUGCUCCCGAGAGCUGCAAAGCUGCCUCCCCUCGCUCCUCCGGUGGUCGUUCCCUGCCGGCAUGCCAGAGGAGGCGGGCUUUCCGCCGGCUAAGAGAUUCCGGCAGGGCUCAGGGCCUGGGAGCCACGCCGGGUCCUGCCCUCCCCAGAGGCGAGUGGUAAUGCUGCUGAGCGCGGGCAGUGCUGGUGGAGGAGGAGGCCGGCGGCGGCAGCCGCCCCUGGCCCAGCCCUCAGCCAGCCCCUACCCCGAGGCUGUGGAAUUCCAGCGCCGGAGUCUACCCAUCUUUCAGGCGCGUGGGCAACUGUUGGCCCAGCUCCGAAACCUGGACAGCGCCAUCCUCAUCGGGGAAACGGGCUCAGGGAAGACAACUCAGAUCCCUCAGUACCUCUAUGAAGCGGGUGUUGGCCGCCAGGGUGUCAUCGCUGUGACCCAGCCUCGUCGCGUGGCUGCCAUCUCUCUUGCUACUAGAGUCUCAGAUGAGAAGAGAACUGAACUUGGGAAGCUGGUUGGUUAUACAGUGCGAUUUGAUGAUGUUACCUCAGAAGACACCAGGAUCAAGUUCCUGACAGAUGGCAUGCUUCUGCGAGAAGCAAUUUCAGACUCCCUGCUUCGGAAGUACAGCUGUGUCAUUUUGGAUGAAGCCCACGAACGGACUAUCCACACAGAUGUGCUCUUUGGAGUGGUGAAAGCUGCACAGAAGAGACGAAAGGAGCUGGGGAAACUGCCACUCAAAGUGAUUGUGAUGUCAGCUACAAUGGAUGUGGACCUGUUCUCUCAGUACUUCAAUGGAGCCCCUGUCCUCUACCUGGAGGGUCGGCAGCAUCCAAUCCAGAUUUUUUACACCAAACAACCUCAGACAGACUACCUGCACGCCGCACUUGUCUCAGUCUUCCAGAUUCACCAGGAAGCCCCUUCUUCUCAAGACAUCCUGGUGUUCCUCACUGGUCAGGAGGAAAUUGAAGCAAUGAGCAAGACCUGCCGAGACAUUGCAAAGCACCUCCCAGAUGGCUGCCCCUCCAUGCUGGUCCUUCCCCUGUACGCCUCCCUGCCCUAUGCUCAGCAGCUCCGUGUCUUCCAAGGGGCCCCAAAGGGCUUUCGCAAAGUGAUCAUUUCAACCAACAUCGCUGAAACCUCCAUAACUAUUACAGGAAUAAAAUAUGUAGUUGACACGGGCAUGGUUAAAGCAAAGAAGUAUAACCCUGACAGUGGCCUGGAAGUGUUAGCUGUGCAGCGGGUGUCAAAGACCCAGGCCUGGCAACGCACAGGGCGCGCUGGCAGAGAGGACAGUGGCAUCUGUUACCGGCUGUACACAGAGGAUGAGUUUGAGAAGUUUGAGAAGAUGACCGUGCCGGAAAUCCAAAGGUGUAACCUGGCGAGUGUGAUGCUGCAGCUGCUAGCGAUGAAAGUCCCCAACGUGCUCACCUUUGACUUCAUGUCCAAACCAUCUCCCGAUCAUGUUCAGGCGGCCAUUGCCCAACUGGACCUGUUGGGUGCUCUUGAACGUAAGGACGACCAGCUUACCCUGACUCCAAUUGGAAGAAAGAUGGCAGCAUUUCCUUUAGAACCCAAAUUUGCCAAAACCAUCCUCCUGUCCCCCAAAUUCCAUUGUACGGAGGAGAUACUGACCAUUGUCUCCCUGCUGUCUGUGGACAGUGUUCUCUACAACCCUCCCUCCCGGCGGGAUGAGGUGCAGGGUGUCCGGAAGAAGUUCAUAUCCAGCGAGGGCGACCACAUUACCCUGCUCAAUAUCUACCGGACCUUCAAAAACAUAGGCAGAAAUAAGGACUGGUGCAAAGAGAAUUUUAUCAACAGCAAGAAUAUGAUGCUAGUAGCUGAAGUCAGAGCACAGCUGAGGGAUAUCUGCUUAAAGAUGUCAAUGCCAAUCAUGUCAUCCCGAGGGGACAUGGAGAAUGUCCGUCGCUGCCUGGCUCAUAGCCUCUUCAUGAGCACUGCUGAGCUUCAGCCAGACGGUACCUAUGCCACCACAGACACUCACCAGCCGGUGGCCAUCCACCCCUCCUCCGUCCUCUUCCACUGCAAGCCUGCCUGCGUCGUGUACACUGAGCUGCUCCACACUAACAAGUGCUACAUGCGAGACCUCUGCGUGGUGGACGCCGAGUGGUUGUAUGAGGCCGCCCCGGAGUACUUCCGGAGGAAGCUGAGAAGUGCCAGAAACUGAGCCACCCCAGGCUGCUGCCUGAACUGGGGCCUGGGAGCUGGGACCACAGCCAUCCCGACAGCAGACUUCCCACCUGGUGCCUAGUGAGGCGGCAGGUUUUAAUGUAGCGGAACAUGCCCAACAUCCUGGAGCUCAUAGGUGUCUUUCUUUAAUGUCUAAAUUCCUUAGACUGAACCAUGUAGGCGUGCACCACUAUUUAUACCUUUGAAACAUCAAAAUUAUGCUUUUGGUUCUUGCUUAGGCAACUUUGGGUGAACGUAGUUAACUUCUGAGCCUCAGUUUCCUCAUGUGCCAAAUGGGGAAGCUAAUAAAACUUGUAGGGUUGGGGUCGUGAGGUUUAGAGAAAAUGGAAGUGCCCAGAGCUGUGCAGCCCACGGUGAACAUGCAACAAAAUGUCGGCUUGGUGUUGCCACACUUUACAUGACGUGAAUUGAGCACAACAAAAUCCCCCAGGUCCUCAAGGCUAAGGGGGACUUUCUAGAAGGGGACCAUAGGAGGUUACAAAGCUCAAGUUUGUCCUUGGAUCUAUUUUAAUGUUUGUCUAAGAAAUUUUUUAAUAGAAAAACCUAAGAAAUUGACAUCUGUAGAUGUUUCAGGAGGGAGGUGCUGUUGUCCUUACCUCGUGGCCUGGCCGCCCCGGCAGAACCUCCUCCUCAGGGAGUGGACCCCUGCUGCCUCCAAGCAGAGAGCAGUGAAGGAGCACUUGUGGGCUGAUGAGCUGUGCAUCUUCCAUCUUGGUGCUUCUGUGGCAGGUGUCCUCACCUGCCCUUUCAGGAGACAUGGAGGUUUCCUGGGUGAAGGCUGAUUUGUAUCUUCUGAAUCAUGUCAAGUAUAAACAUGGGCAAUUGACCUUGGAGGGCAGUGGCCUCCAGGAUACUCAGUUGAUAUUUUUCUCUGGAACUGGGUCCACAUAAGUGAGUGUAAGGAAUGGCUCCGUGCAACAUCUCAGCCAUUUUUCUUCUGGCAGGGUCCCUGGUCAGAGGGCUGGUGGGGGCAGGGAGGUGGGGAGACAGAAGGUCCACAAGAACCAGACGGUACUGACUCAUCCUGUCCACCACAUCUGGUGUUAUAUUUCAGCAUCUUAUUUAUUGUCUUUAUCUUCUUCCUUCUUUGAAGACAAUAUGGCUUUGUUACUCCCUAACUUGACCAAUCAUCACUCUCUAACCCUUAGUUUCUACAUUUCCCAAAGGGAAUUAGAGGGUCUUCUCAAUCUCUUCAUAUCCCACCCCCCCUUUUUUUUUGAGAAGGGAAAAAGACAUCAAAGGUUCUCCUUAGAUAUUUACUUAUCAAAGGUAAAUUAAUGUCUUGUCCUAGAAGUAGCCAAGAUUUAGCCCUUUUAAUGUGCUUAAUUGGUCUAAACAUAUGUGUAGUAUUUUGGUCAUUAUUUAACAAAGUGUUCAUACAGUUUAUGUGCAAAGGGCCAAACUGAGAGAUCCGUCAGAAACAGUGGGCAGUCUCUUUGCUGUGGAUCCGGUGACCUGUACUCCGAGACCAGCCUGCGGAAGCUCCCCACUCCAGGCCUCAUCUCUCCACAUCUGUGUCUGCCAAGUCUGGUCCAGGCUUUCCAGCACUAGCUGUGGCCCUGAGAAGUCAAGCUUUUAUCUGGUGUUCAGGGCACUUGUGAUUUAAUUCUGUUAGAAAUAUUUAUGUUUAGGAUAAAUAGGAUUCAACAGAUCCUGUAUACCCUAUCUCAGCUAUUUUCAACCUUUUUCAUCUCAUGGCACACAUAAACUAAUUACUAAAAUUCUUCAGCACAUAAAAAAUACAUUUUUUGCUAAUUUGACCAAAAAAUAGGUAUAUUUAUUUGUUUUGUUGGCUGUUGACAUUUUUUAAAAUUUGACAACAUAAGGAAAAGAGGUCAGCGUUCUGACUAAAUAGUCAGGUAUUGCAUGCUUUAAAAAUUCUUGCCCUGGACCAGUGUGGUUCAGUGGAUUCAGUGCUGGCCUGUGAACCGAAGGGUCACCAGUUCAAUUCCCAGUCGGGGCACAUGCCUGGGAUGCAGGCGAGGUCCCCAGUGGGGAGCACACAAGACGUAACCACACAUUGAUGUUUCUGUCCCUCACUUUCUCCCUUUCUUUCCCUCUCUCUGAAAAUAAAUAAAAUCUUAAAAGAAAAUGCUUGUGGCACACUGGUUGAAGAUCGCUGCCCUAUCAUAUUACAUACUUAGACUUUUAGCUGAUUCUUCCUCAGAUUGACUGGUUUUUACUGCCACUGACUUUCUGAAAAGUUUUUCAAAUGGUUUUUAAAGAAUAUUUUUCUCAUUUAUUUAAUAUAGGCCUAGGAUGUUCAAUCUGACUUGAUAAAAGAAAAUGUCGUAUUUUUAAUAAAAAUUUCAUCAUGCUGGUGAAACAUUGGGAAUGGGGUGAUUUAUCAUGUUCUUCAGCAAAAUCUCUCUGGGGCAAGUAAAACUUAGAAUAACUUGUGUCCAGUGUUUUUUGUGUUCCUGAAGAGUUUCUGGAAAAUAUAUAUUUUUCUGAACAGGAAUAAGGGAUAAAUAGCUUUUAAGUAAAUGUAAAUAGCUUCUAAUUAGCUUUAAUGUUUAAUGUUUCUGUACAGAAAUAUGUUUAUCACUGUAACAUUCUGGUAGUUUUAAUACAAUAGUUUUCUAUUGGGCUUUUUAAAAAGUUAAUUUUUAACAUAGCUGCUCAGGGAUUAAAUCAGAUUGGAAAACCCAUCUGAGUUCACACAUAUUGAGCUGCAGGGGGAUAAUACAUUUUAAACUUAAACUUUCUUAAGAAAGUUAAAUGUUUCACGAUGAUGUUGCAAUAUAAUCUUGAGCUACUCUUUUUCAAUUGGUGAAGUCUCUAAUGGUGUGACACCUCUUUUCCUCUCUGUGAAAUCCAUACCUGGUUGAGUCACUAGCUCCCAUGAGCAGCUUCAUGUAAAUAGAUGCACUCCAAGCAGAUUGCAUGUCUCAGGUGUUGGUUUUCUAUUUCUCACGGUCCUGGAGUGUGGGAAAGCCAGAGCAACAGAUUUCAUUGCAGGGAAAGAACUGUAGUGUUCUUUCCUUCUGACACCUGGUCCUUGUUAAGAACUGUUACUUAAUGUUGCACCUCUGCCGGUUGUAAAGAGAUUCCAGGAUGGAGAUGAGUUUUUUCUCUGUGGGGUAAACCUUUCUGUAUUGUGAUAUGUAAAUCCAUUUAAUCCAGGCUAUCAAGAACCGCUUGGAACUGUGGCUAGGCAGCUAAGAUACCAUCCUGAGCAUUUACGGGAACACUGCAUCUGUGGGGAAGCAAGGAUUCCAUUAAGCUUUAUUUGAUCAGAAUAUGAUAAUUUGCAGAGGGGAAAAACGAAUUGGUCCAGGUUUAUGUUGUAUUUUGAGAAUCUAGUUUUGUUCAAAUAGACAUAGCUCUAUAGAAACAUCAGUUCUUGUAUGUAAUGCUCGAAUUCGCACGACUACCAAUUCAUUAAAAGUGAAUCUUAUA